GCCUCAUCUGCUGCUGGGACGGUUCGGCUCUUCAAGCCCGUAGAUAAACUUCUGCUCCACACUAGUUCGACUAGACAAGGCAGGCAGGUUGCAGUGGCCAAAAGUGUUUUCAUCGAGGUUUGCAAAAGAGAAAUGAAAGUCAGAUAUUGCGUUGCUCAAUGGCUAGAGUAGAUAAGGCAGAGUGAAUGGAGCAGGAGCGGGGAUGGGAACGGGAGGUGGAGUACUCUGAAGUCUGUCCUUGAGCGCACAGGACAGAUGCAUCAAUGAAGGCAACCCAUCAGAAAUGACACAGCUCAUCUCAUCUCACAUGAAUCUUAGACUGGACUCUGACGCCAGGCACCUUCUGAUUGCAUAUGAACCACUAAAUUCACUUCAUGUCUCUGAACUGAAGUGACAUUCAUCCCUGGACUUGAAUUCAGUUGCCACGUAUAGAAAUUGAACUUUGAAUUUUGAAGAUGUCACAACAGAUCUAAAAAUAACACCUCAGUGUGAACAGGUUUUACAUUAAGUCACACACAGUUUUCCACUGAGGACCAGACUUUGCCCUUUUGGAUGGAUAUUGGAAAUUUCACAAUCUAAAUCAUUUCCAUGCUGAUACACCUAAUAGCUGUGGCGCCCCUUACCUUUCUCUCAUGUCCAUGGACCUAUCUAGUGCCAUGCUCUCACAGGCGCUCCUGCUCUUACAGUGCAUUAUUCUGACUCUCGGCCAGUACGAUAUCUGUAAGUCGCUGGUCAGCACAGACGAUGGACCAACAUGGGAAUAUUACGCUUGCCAGCCCAAACCCAGGUCCAUGAAGGAGUACAUGCAGAUUAGAGUGGAGCCUCCCGAUAUCACAUGUGGGAAUCCACCGGAGAGGUUCUGCACUCUGGAAAACCCAUACCUGUGUAGUGACGAAUGCGAUGCCUCCACCAAAGAACUUGCCCAUCCUCCAGAGUUGAUGCAAGACCGUGAGCGAACCGGACUCAUCACGUACUGGCAGACUGUAACAUGGAGUCGUUUCCCUGAGCCUCUUCAGGCCAACAUAUCCUUAUCCUGGAACAAAAGCCUGGAGUUAACAGACGACAUCCAGAUAACCUUUGAGUACGGACGGCCCACAAUAAUGGUGCUGGACAAGUCCCUGAAUUAUGGACGAACCUGGCAGCCUUAUCAGUACUACGCCGAUGAUUGCAUGGACGGCUUCGGGAUGUUACCAAAGAGGGUGCAGGAUCUGUCGGCCACGAACGUGACUAGAGUCAUAUGUACCGAGCAAUACUCUCGUUGGGUCGGUUCCAAGAAUGAGAAGAAUGUGCGGUUCGAGGUCCAGGAACGCUUUGCCAUAUUUUCUGGGACAAAAUUACAAAACAUGGACAACUUAUACACACGCAUGGAGAGUAUGAAAGGCCUCCGAGACUUUUUCACCUUCACAAACCUGCGGCUUCGGCUGCUGAGACCGGCGCUCGGAGGAACAUACGUACAAAGAGACAACCUGCUCAAGUACUUUUACGCCAUCUCCAAUAUCGACAUACCAGCAAGGUGUAAGUGUAACCUCCACGCCGGUCAGUGCUCCCUCCGUGACGGGAGCUUUCAGUGCGACUGCGAGCACAACACCACUGGACAAGACUGUUCGGCCUGCGAGAGAGGAUUCAAAGCCAAGUCCUGGAAGCCCGGCUCAUACCUGCCCACCCCGAACGGCUCCCCGAACAUUUGUGAGGCGUCGGGAACGUCUGACAUGCCAACACUAGCUGUUACGCUUGACCCUGCCACUGCACCAAUGUCUAUAACUACAUCCAUAACACCACCCACAAUCCAACUGACCUCAACACCAGCCACCACAGGAUCAGUCCAACCUGUCACAGUAUCCCAGACUCCAGGUACAUCAGCGUCUGUAAGCACGUUGACAGACACGGCCACCUCCAGUGACACAUCGACUUCUCCUCCUGCCCCUACAGGCGGCUCAGAGAUCCCUGAAUCCCUCACCAACACACCAGUGCUACUUGUGACAAGCCUUCUGCCCACAAUGCCAGCUGCUACCAUCUCAAGCCAGACAGACACCUCGUCUUUAACUACAAUGCCAUCUCCGUCUAGUCCAACACUCACAGUCGUACCCACAGCACCUGACCAGCCAGUUUCUGCAGCACCAGAUGUGAUACCCGAUGUGCCCACCACAGCAACCGACACCGUGACUGCAAAAACUGACUUUGUUACAAGCAAUCCACUCUCUGUUCUUCCUGAGGUUACCGAUUCAUUUGCCUCAUCCUCUGAUGGCACUGCUACAACACUUAAUAUGGACACCCAAGCAAUAUCUUCUGCAGCCAUGGCAACAACACCUUCUGCAACCAUGGCAACUUCUGAAGCAACAUCUUCAGCAUCAGCUAGCACAAUCCAACUGCCAACCUCUAUUGCUGUUGAUGCAGUUUCACUGGUUUCUGAUAGAUCUCCUGUGGAAGCAGGUGCAACGGUUACAGGAAAUACUGCGGUAACCUUAGUUACAAGCACAGUUGUGUCCUCAACUGAUGCUGCAUUUAAAACAGUUGAUGCACUCCCUCCAGACAUUGAUUUGAUUGUCCCAGCAUCUGAUGUUCCUCUAACUCCUGCAUCUGAUGGUGAUGCACCUGCAACUGAUGCCAUCGCAGCUGUAACAGAUGCUCCAGCAAUAGUUACAGUUUCUCCUGAGAUUGCUUCCAUUGCCCCAGCAACCUCAGACUCGGAUGCUCCUGCGACUACUACUGUGGCUCCUGAAGGUCCAGGUGAUGCAGAAGCAACCAAUGUGUCUGAUGAAAUCAAACCAGCUCCAGAAGGUCCAGGUGAUGCAGAAGCAACCAAUGUGUCUGAUGAAAUCGAACCAGCUCCAAAAGGUCAAGGUGAUGGUGCUCAAAUUGUCAUAGCAGGUGCAGAAACAGUCACUGAUGCUGCUCCUCAACCUAAUGCUGAGACUGACAGUAAACCUCCAUUUGAAGUAGGAGAGAAGAGUGAAGUUCCUCUUGUUGAGACCGAGCAGGAAAAAACAGCAACAAAUCUGGAGAAGAAAGAUAACGAUUCUCCUGACAGUAAACCUCCGUCUGAAGUAGGAGAAAACAGUGAAGUUCCUCUAGCUGCGUCCGAGGAAAAAACAGCAACAAACCUGGAGAAGAGAGAUAAAAACGCAGAAGCCCCAGUAUCUGGUGACAUUAAGAAGAAUAACGAGGCUGGGAAAACCGGAGAGAGCAGGGAAGCCAAAGAGGAAAAGAAAGAGAAGGAAAAAAAGAAAGAAAAAGAUUAUGAAAAGAAAGACUAUGAGAAAAAAGUUGUUGAGAGGAUUUUGAUCCCUGGGGGGCCAAAAACGCAGUUGUCAAAAAUAGCGUACAUCAGAUUUCAAGACUGCGAGUGCAACGGUCACUCAAAUCGCUGCAGUUACAUUGAUUUCAUCAACAUUGUGACUUGUGUGAGCUGCAAACACAACACUAGAGGGCAGAACUGUCAGCACUGCCGCCUCGGAUACUUCCGGAAUGCUUCCGCCGAGCUGGACGAUGAGAAUGUUUGCAUAGAGUGUAACUGUAAUCAGCUGGGCUCUCUACACGCCCGGUGCAAUGACACAGGCUUCUGCCAGUGUAGAGAGGGCACCACGGGCCAGAAGUGUGAGGACUGCCUGCCUGGAUAUACCUGGAAGCAAGGCUGCGUGCCAAACGUGUGCGACGACGAGUUCUUCCUGUGUCAGAACGGCGGCUCUUGUAUCCAGAAUCAGAAGUGCGUGUGUCCACCCAGCUUUAGGGGUGUUUUGUGUGAGCAGACACGCUGCCAGGGCGAGAAAGGGUGCGAUGGUGCAUCGGGCUGCUACCUCAGCACACUGACGCUGCUGCUCUGCCUUCUAGCCAACAGCCUGCUUAAAGCCAGCACCUAGAAACCCAUCUUAGUCCUGAUAUCGAUUCUAGUCUACGCAGGCCAAAGGGCUGAACCCUGCGGACAGAGAGAGAGUGGCCUGAACCCGUACGGAGUACGGACCCAGCCUCACGGUGCUGAAAUCUUUUUUGGAAAUGGCGGCGGCAGCACUGAGGUCAAAACGCCUUCAUGAGACGAGCAGUUUAUUGCUUGCCUACUAGCAACACUGAUCGCCUGAACUUUAUACCAAAAACAGAAUAAAAAGAACUUAAGUUCAGUUUCAGCUCACUCUACACAAAACUCUAAAGAAAGUGGGGAAAUAUAUAGAUGCAGUUUCAUUUCCUUUGCAUUUCUACUUUCUCUGUAGUUCUGACGCUCACUGAGGUACAAGCACCGCAUUUAGCUAGCUUGUUUUAGCGAACAACAAACUGUCGAUAUCACGGAAGCCUACUUAUGCCAAGUUAUUCUUCUUCUCUUGAAGACUUGUUUUUACAUUUCCUUUCAUUGCUGCAUUUUUCUUGCAUUUUAUUGCCAUUGAGGUUGUAACAAGUAGAACCAAUGGAAAAGAUGUUUAAUCGCCGUCCCGCUAGUAUGAAGAAUGAACGUCUCUAGCUUGUGUUUGAGAUUACGUUUAUGGAAUUUAGAAAGAGGUUUUAAAUUGUCACACUGAACAAAUAUAUAUAUAUCGGUCUAUCUGAAAGGAAAUAUGAAGUAUUGUAUAUUAUAUUAUUUCAAUAUUUUUUGUAGAAAUUGUUAUUUUUGUUGAGUAAAUGUUACCAUUGUAAAGACAUUGCAGCCUUUAUUGCAGUGCAUAUGGUAUUCACACCAUGGUAAAACUAUAUUUGAUGAUACAGCAGAUUGCAUCUCUAAGAUAUCUGGAAUAUUUCUCCAUCCAUAUCAUUACAUUUAAAACAUAAAGCAUAAACGGUUCAUUACAUGCACAGCUUUAGCUCAAUGUAACCCGCACAUCAUAUUGUUACUGGCAUGUAUUCAUCAGUGCAGAUAUGACCAUUCAGGACUGCUUAUUAACACACUUCUGUAAUGAUACCAGUGAUAUAAGUCCCACGAACCCCAAAUAAAUAAAUAAUUAUGAAGCACAGAAAAAAAAAAUGCAUCGUUAAUCAGUACAAUUAGAAUGGCCAUUCAGAUUAACAAUUAAAAAUACAUAUUGAAAGUCGGCACAUUGUAUAUCAUGCAAUCCGGUUAUUUUUCAAAUAAUUGAUUUUAUUUUCCUUGCGUGAGUCUCAAAGAAAUGUCUAAAUCUUUAGCGGCUCAUGGGCUUUUUGAUGUAUUUCAUAUUUACAAAUGCUUUACAUUCAUGAUGAGCCAGGGUAAAUAAAGUACUAUGAAUAAAUAUUAUAAAUGAAUAAAACCUGACAAUCAGAAAGCACAAAGAGACAUGAGUGAAUUG